GCCCCAGCGAGGUGGUCCGCCGCCCGCUGCCCACCGCCAGCCCUCCUUCGCCCUUCGCGUGUCGCCCAGUCCCUGAGAAGAUGACAAGUACCUAAGGUAAAGUACUCGGUAAGGUAGGUAAGAGCGCCUAAGGGAAGGAAGGUGGUGCUUUUCUCCAUUUUGCCUUGUCGCCUCCACUUUUGGGCUCCCAUCCCAUUAAGGUACCCUCUUCCCAUCCUCUCUCGCCCUCCUCCUUCCUGCCUUAUUCUUCCUUUCUUCACCCCACGAUCUCUUUCACGAGCCCUUGAUUGCCAAAGGCUUCUUGCCCGAACAGCACAUCGUCUCUGUCCCCUUCACUUUGGACACGGCUUUCGUUGGCAUUUGAGGAUAAGGUACGCAUACAUAUUCCAUUCCCAUCAGCAUCAGCAUCAAUUACAAAUUACCCCCUCCCGACCCCCAUCAAUCCAUCCGCCCCCCCCUUCUGCUCAUCUUGACUUCCAAGAGCCCAUACUGACCCCGUUCACCUCUUUCGUCACACAGGUACCACCAUCAAACCAUCUUUCUCACACACACGCGACUCCUUCCACCUCUCCCGACAACACAUACGUACAAGCCCUCUACAGGUGAGCCUAUUCUUCCUCUUUCGCUUUAUUCCCUCAAUUUUCGACUACCUUGAUCCUCAAUCCGUCAACAAUCGUUGCCUUGUCGGACUGCACCCCUCUGCCUCUCCCUCUGCCUGGGGUUCACUCUUCUUCCGUUUUGCCCAGCCUAGCCUCGGGCUGACCGUGGGUUUUGGCGGUGGAUCCGAGCUUUGCCUCAUUCAAUCCUCUCUUCCAAGGCCUCGACCAACUCUAUCCACUCUUCAACUUUCCCACUUCUUCCUGUUCUCACAACGUCCUCACACGCCUCCAUCGCUCCAACGGCACUGUUCGAAGCCUUCUCCCGUCUCAUGCAUCAAUACUAAUUCUCCAAUUCUACCCAGCCCAUCGCUUCGCUGUGGAAUAAAACUCUGACCCGUCGAUCGACACCCGACCUACCAAACCAAAAUCUGCAUCCGAAAGGUGCAGAGUCAGCACAUUCGUCAAAAUGACCACAAUGGAUCUUCGUGUCGGUAACAAGUACCGCAUCGGUCGCAAGAUCGGUUCUGGUUCUUUCGGUGAUAUUUACCUCGGCACCAACAUCAUCUCCGGCGAGGAGAUUGCCAUCAAGCUCGAGAGCGUCAAGGCCAAGCACCCCCAGCUUGAGUAUGAGGCCAGAGUCUACAAGUCCUUGGCCGGUGGUGUCGGUAUUCCCUUUGUCCGUUGGUUCGGUACCGAGUGCGACUACAACGCCAUGGUCCUUGACCUCCUCGGACCCAGUUUGGAGGAUCUCUUCAACUUCUGCAACCGCAAAUUCUCCCUCAAGACCGUGCUGCUUCUCGCUGAUCAGCUGAUUUCCCGCAUCGAGUACAUCCACGCCAAGUCUUUCAUUCACCGUGAUAUCAAGCCCGACAACUUCCUCAUGGGUAUUGGUAAGCGUGGCAACCAGGUCAACGUUAUCGACUUUGGUUUGGCCAAGAAGUACCGCGACCCCAAGACGCACUUCCACAUCCCUUACAGAGAGAACAAGAACCUUACCGGAACCGCCCGUUAUGCUUCCAUCAACACCCACUUGGGUGUCGAGCAAUCUCGCCGUGACGACAUGGAGUCCCUGGGCUACGUCAUGCUCUACUUCUGCCGUGGAUCCCUUCCCUGGCAGGGACUCAAGGCUGCUACCAAGAAGCAGAAAUACGACCGCAUCAUGGAGAAGAAGAUGACCACCCCGACCGAGGUCCUUUGCCGCGGCUUCCCCAACGAAUUCGCCAUCUACCUCAACUACACCCGAUCCCUCCGAUUCGACGACAAGCCCGAUUACAGCUACCUCCGCAAGAUCUUCCGUGAUCUCUUCGUCCGCGAGGGCUUCCAGUACGACUACGUCUUCGACUGGACUGUCUACAAGUACCAGAAGAAUGCUCAGGCAAUUGCUCAGGCCGCAGGAGCCACUCAGGAGGAGGAUGAAAAGGCGCGGGCAUCUCGCACGAACGCCGCUACUGCUGGUCAGCCGACCCCUCAGCCUGGCGCUAAUAAGCCUAACGCCCUUCCCAGCUCGCGCCGCAAAGUGAUUGAACGAGGAUCUGGUGCUGGUGUAAACACCCCAGAUACCAACCGUGCCGUCGGUGGAAGUGACAGGAUUGGACGAUGAUCUAGUUUGCGCUCGUCUACGAAGGGCGCAAGUCCAGCAUAUGGUUCAAGUUCCUUUCUGCCGAAGUGAUCCUCGACGGCGGUAAUCACAUGCUUUCUGUCCAACACGUUGGAGUAUGACCAGACCAGCUUACUGGCUUCAUCCCUUGCGUGGCAUGGCUCCCAGACAUCACGAUUGGUACGGGUUCUGCUCACCAGCAGGGUCUCUUUGAUGAUACGCCUUGCCACGCGAACUGGUCGCAUUCUCCUUACGCAUUCUCAACUUCGUUCUUCGACAUAUUUGGGUUGAUUUCACGAAUGACUCGAUUCUUCAUAACAGGACACUCGAUUUCACAGACGCCCCCGGUAGACCUUGCUGCCGAAGUUCUAUGGUUCGAUAUCCAUGGUAGGAAGAACUCGAACGGCACUUCCGGUACCUCAAUUUUGCGAGGCACCGUCGUCGGGCCGCCCCGCGAGACAUUCCCCCCACCCCCAACUUGAGUGCCUUGGUUUCGUACCUUGCACCUGGUCGAUGCGUUGGAGCUGCGUUCACCGACGGACUUUUCCUUUUUUCCUUCUAUUCUUUUUCUCUUACUUUUCCUUCCGGUUAUGCGCAUUACGAGUUGAUUUUCAUUCGAGGCUUCGCACUUGGUCAAACACGCGUCGAGGCCCGCUUCUGGGGAGGUCGUUAGGUGAGGGGUUCAUCACGAGAGAGAAACUUUUGCGAAGUAUCAGGCCUGCCGACACUGUCUGACAAGGACCACGACCAUCAAGUCGGCAAAGACAAGGAACGGCAAGGGAAUCACGGUUGCAAAACUAAUGAGGAAGAGUGCGGCAUCUUUUCUUUGACUUUUGGUUCGGUUCGGUUGGUUGGGAAUUCGUUACUCAGACAUUGCACGUGGGGGAAACCAGGACGAGGUGACUAGUCGCCAAACCUGGUCUCUGGCAACUAUUAUGGGCUCUAGGAGACGGUCUAGCAAAGUCCUGGGAUGUUGACAACGUCUACUUGUCUGCCUUGGCAGUCAACGUGGAUUGUCGACCUCAGGACGCUGGUGCUUGGACUCUCAACACUGCGCCUCCAUCAUCCGCGGGCUUUAACCGGCCUGGCAAGUUUGCAUAUGGUGGAGGCGGAGCACGGGUAGUUGUGGGCAUGUCGAAGGGCAGCGGACUCAACCAACAUACGCAUGGUAGUUUCUCAAUUUAACAUUGUCGCGCGACUUUUCUUCUCUUGCAAUUUGUGAACAUGGCGGUGUAAAUGCUGCAGGUCUACUACAACAGCCGC